AUGUCGAAAGUGUAUAAAACAGUGGUAGUGUUUGCUGACAGAUUUGUACCAAAUAAAUUACGUCCUCUGUGGGAACAUGAAGCAGGACCAAAGACAAUUUUUUUCUGGGCUCCAGCGUUUAAAUGGGCACUAGUAGCGGCAUCUGUCGAUGAAUAUCGCCGUCCAUUAGACACUGUGUCUCCAACCCAAUCCGCUACGCUUGCAGCUACUGGCCUCAUCUGGACCAGAUACUGUUUGGGUUUGGUGUUCGCUGGCUUAGGCGAUCUAAAUCGUCCGGUCGAAGCCCUUUCCCUGUCUCAAAGUUUAUCUUUAGCUGUCACCGGUCUCAUUUGGUCCCGAUAUUCUUUGUUAGUUUUCCAAGUUUAA